GGGAAUCUGACAGUAAGCAAGAAUCUCCCCGGAGUGCCCUCGCCAGGCAGCGAUGCCAGGAUGCCCGUCUCUACCUCCCUCCACCAGGACGACAGCCAGGAGCGGCCCGUGAGCCUGACCUCCACCGCGAGCCUGACCUCCACCGCGUCCUCCUCGGGCUCCUCCCGGGACAGCCGAGGCGCCAUGGAGGAGCCCAGCGGCCCUGAGGCCUUAGCGAAGAACGGGGCCGGCUCGCCGCGUGGCAGGCACGCCCCCAACAGCAACAACAACUCCAGCACCCGGCCUAACAAGAAGGGACCCCUGUCCCCAUUCAACAGCCGGGCAGCCGCCGCGCCUGCGCACAAGCUCAGCUACUUGGGCCGGGUGGUGCGGGAAAUCGUGGAAACGGAGCGCAUGUACGUGCAGGACCUGCGCAGCAUCGUGGAGGACUACCUCCUGAAGAUCAUCGACACCCCCGGGCUGCUGCAGCCAGAACAAGUCAGCGCCCUCUUUGGGAACAUAGAAAGCAUCUAUGCACUGAACAGCCAGCUCCUCCGAGACCUGGACAACUGCAAUAGCGACCCUGUGGCUGUGGCCAGCUGCUUUGUGGAAAGGAGUCAAGAGUUUGAUAUCUACACCCAGUAUUGCAACAAUUACCCCAACUCAGUGGCCGCCCUGACCGAGUGCAUGCGGGACAAGCAGCAGGCCAAGUUCUUCCGGGACCGGCAGGCGCUGCUGCAGCACUCGCUGCCCUUGGGCUCCUACCUGCUGAAGCCCGUCCAGCGCAUCCUCAAGUACCACCUGCUGCUCCAGGAAAUUGCCAAACAUUUUGAUGAAGAAGAGGACGGCUUCGAGGUGGUGGAGGAUGCCAUUGACACCAUGACCUGCGUGGCCUGGUACAUCAACGACAUGAAGAGGAGGCAUGAGCACGCGGUCCGGCUCCAGGAGAUUCAGUCGCUGCUCAUCAACUGGAAGGGGCCCGACCUGACCAUCUAUGGGGAGCUGGUCCUGGAGGGCACGUUCCGCCUGCACCGCGUGCGGAACGAGAAGACCUUCUUCCUCUUCGACAAAGCGCUGCUCAUCACCAAGAAGCGGGGCGACCACUUCGUCUACAAGGGUCACAUCCCGUGCUCCUCCCUGAUGCUGAUCGAAAGCACCAGAGACUCCCUGUGCUUCACCGUCACCCACUACAAGCACAGCAAGCAGCAGUACAGCAUCCAGGCCAAAACCGUGCAGGAGAAGCGGAACUGGACGCACCACAUUAAGAGGCUCAUCCUGGAGAACCACCACACCACCAUCCCCCAGAAGGCCAAGGAAGCGAUCUUGGAAAUGGACUCCUAUUAUCCCAACCGGCACCGCUACAGCCCAGAGCGCCUGAAGAAGGCCUGGUCCUCCCAGGAUGAGGUGCCCACCCACGUGCGUCAGGGCCGCCGGCAGUCUGAGCCCGGUCAGCCCCUGCACAGCCGGGCAACACUCCCCAGCCAGCAGCGAGGCUUCAUGGUGCCUGGCCUCAUGGGCCGUAGAAAGUCGGAGCCAACCAAACACCUGCUCCGGCAACUCAGCGAGAAAGCAACCAGAGUGGCCAGAGCAGGGGGAAUGAAGCAUGCGGGCAGCACUGGCGCUCUCCUGGACUGUGGGCAGCCCUCCCGUACUCGGGGCCUGCAGGGCCUGCAGCCGGAGCCCGAAGGGGCUGCCCGGGAGGAGCAGGAGGAGGAGGAGGAGGAGGUGGAGGAGGACGAGGAGCAGGAGCAGGCGUUUCAGGUCACUCUGGAGGACCUGGCAGGGCAUGAAGGCAGCAAGAAGGGGUCUGGGCCAGAGCCCCCAGGCUCAGAGGAAGAGGAGGAGGAGGAGGAGAGCCUGGCAGUGGCGGAGCAGGUAGCCGACUUUGCCAGCUCCCUGCUGGCCGCCCUCCACUGCUGGCACUAUCGGGCCAACGCUUUACUUUUCUCCCGGGGUGCUAUGGGGAAGGGGCGCAGGGAGUCUGAAGGCCCCAAGAGCUGCCGGCGGCCCAGCGGCCGGUCUCCCACCUGUGCCGAGAAGCGCAUGAGCUUCGAGUCCGUUUCUUCCCUGCCUGAGGUUGAGCCGGACCUGGAGCCGGGGGCAGAGCCGGAGGUGUUUGCUGCCGAGGAGGGUCCCAGCGCCGAGGAGAUGCCCUCGGACACAGAGUCUCCGGAAGUCCUGGACGCCCAUCGGGAGCCGCUGGGGCGCGGCCACCCGAGCGACGUGGUGGACUUCGCGGUGGCCGAGAGCUCCGAGGACAUGAAGGCCUUGAGCAGUGAGGAGGAAGAGGAGGAGGAGGUAGAGGAAGAGGAGGAGGAGGAAGAGGAGGAGGAGGAGGAAACGGGGGCUGCCCAGGAGCCCGAGAGCCUCCUGCCGCCCUCUGUGCUGGACCAGGCCAGUGUCAUUGCUGAGCGGUUCGUCAGCAGCUUCUCCCGGCGGAGCAGCCUGGCCCUGGAGGACGGCAAGUCCCCUGGCUUCGCGACCCCGAGGCUGACCAGCCGGAGCAGCAGUGUGCUCAGCCUGGAGGGCAGCGAGAAGGGCCUGGCCCGCUGCGGCAGCACCACGGACGCCCUCAGCGCUCAGCUCCCCCCCGAAGUGGACCUCAGUGUAGGGGUGGCCACGGAGAGUGGCCCCUCUGUCAACGGGACGGAGCCCCCAGGCCCGGGCUGCUCGGCGGAGACCGACAGGUCCUCCUGCAAGAAGAAGGAAACCAUGCUCUCCACCCGGGACCGGCUGCUGCUGGACAGAAUUAAGAGCUACUACGAGAACGCAGAGCACCAUGACGCGGGCUUCAGCGUCCGGCGCCGGGAGAGCCUCUCCUACAUCCCCAAGGGCCUGGUGAGAAACUCCGUCUCCAGGUUCAACAACCUUCCCAAGCAGGACCCGGAGCCGGUGGCCCCACUGGGGCACAGGAGACAGGCGGGCUCCAGGCCGGCUUCCUGGGCCCUGUUUGACCUCCCGGGACCAGGCCAGGCGGGUGCCGGUGCUGGGGACCCAGCUCCUAUCACAGACGCUGAGUUCCGCCCGUCUUCGGAAAUCCUGAAGAUCUGGGAGGGGAUGGAGUCUUCUGGGGCGAGUCCUCGGAAGGGGCCGGGCCAAGGCCAGGCCAAUGGCUUUGACCUGCAUGAGCCUCUCUUCAUCCUGGAGGAGCACGAGCUGGGCGCCAUCACCGAAGAGUCGGUCACUGCCUCCCCGGAGAGCGCCUCCCCCACUGGGCGGCCCAGCCCGGCCCACCUGGCCCGGGAGCUGAAGGAGCUGGUGAAGGAGCUGACCAGUGGCGCCCAGGGAGAGCUGGCGGCCCCGCUGCACCCCUGCAUAGUGCAGCUCUCCCACAUGAUGGACGGCCACAUGAGCGAGAAGGCCAAGAUCAAGGUCUACCAGCUGGCCCGCCAGUACAGCCUCCGCAUCAAGAGCAAAAUGGGGACGGCCAGGCCGCCACUGCCGUGGGAAGACGCAGCACCCGCCGUUCCCCACCCGCAGGAGGAGGCUGGAGGGCCGUUGGGUGGCAAAGGCAGGAGAAGGCCGGUGUUGUCCCUCGACCAGGAGCAGCUGCUGGUCCAGGAGCACCGCCUGUCCCGGCCUGGCUCUGCCGGGGAGAUGUCGCCGCGGUGCUCCUCCUUCAGCCCCCCGGCUGCCACCUCCAGGAAC